CUCCCCUCCACAUCCCUUUCCCCUCCUCGCCCUCUUCUCUGCGUGCUGGGCGCCAUGCGUCGCCUUCUCCUGCUCCUCGCAGCCGCAGCUGCAGCAAUCACCCACGCUCAGUCGCUCCCUCGCAUCCUCCUCUUCACCGCCACCGCCCCGGGCGCCUAUCGGCACUCCUCCAUCGACACUGCCGUCUCCACUAUCCAGACGCUCUGCGAGGGCAGGUGGGAGGCUAUCGUGUCGGAUGACGCCGCGGUGAUGGGCCAGCUGCAGGGGUACAGCGUCGUGGUGGGAGUGAUGAAUACCGACGUCGAUCCGCCGGCCGUCGGGCCGCUGCUCACGGCCUCCCAGGCCGCCUCGCUCGCCGACUACAUCGAGCGCGGCGGCAGCUUUCUGGGCAUCCACAGUGCCGCCAACUGCAACUACGGCGUGCCCUGGUACGGCCGCCUCGUCGGCGCCUUCUUCGACUAUCAUGCGCCCGUGCAGAACGUCACGGUGCGCGCGCUGACGAGGGAGCACGAAAGUACGAGGCAGUGGGAGGGAGAGGUGGGCAUCUAUGAGGAGAUGUAUCACUUCCGCACCGACCCUCGUUCUCUUCCUUCCUCGGCCACCGUGCUCCUCACGCCCGCUUCCUCCUACUCCGACCCCGGCGUCAACGCACUUGGCUUCCGCAACGGCUCCGAAGGCACGCCGCAGCCGCUAGCGUGGUAUCGCGAAGGCUCGCUGCUCGAUGUGCCCGCGCAAGGCACGCUGGGAGGCGGACUGGAUGAUUAUCAAGGAGGCCCGAGCCCGAGAGGUGGGAGCGGAAGGAGCUUUUAUACCAGCUUGGGACACGAUGAGGGCACUUGGCAGGUGCGCACAGUCCCCUGUCUCCCGAUCUCCUCUUGCCUCCUAGCACGAAAGCUGACGAAGCACUGCGAGCCCAGAUGCCCGUCUUUCAAUCGCACAUCGCAGGCGCGAUCGAAUGGCUACUUGCUUCUGCGUCGCUCAACUCUUCCACUUCUGCUUCGUCUUCUUCCACUCAACCGCGAGGCACGACGAGCGGCAGCGGCGGCGGCGGUGGAAGCAGUACAGCAGCUGCACCGGCGUCGACUACCACAGGCGCCUCCUCGAGCGCGGGCACGCUCAUGCGCGCGACGGACGCAAGGGUCCUCUUCAUCGCGGCGCUGGUAGCGGCGUGGCACGCAUGUGAUUCAUAGCCUCUUAUGCAACACUUGUCACGCGCGAUGAGGUGCGUGUGGACACCGUGGAUUAGAAGGAGAUGAUGAGGCACAAGGGGGUGUGGGAGGGUUUGAUGGAAGGAUAAAGGGGAAUGUGUUCGUUCCUUUGUUGUUGCGAAGCGUAG